AUGAAUACCUUGCUAUCAUGUGAAGAUCUAACUAACAGAUGCGCAGUAUUCCAAUACGCCAGCGAUAUUGAGGUCAAUUCGCCUCGUUUCUCUGGACCAGGUGACUUUGUCACCUAUGUGAUUUUCGUAGCUAUUUUCAUUCUGGUGAGUGGUCAUUCAUUCCUUGCCUCGCGCGAGGGUUACAAGCAUGGCCUUUACCCUGUUCUGUCUUCCUUAUUUGCAAAACACCUCUUAAAUCUGCCCGCCCAGCCCAUUCUAGCUGCAGCGGUUCCUGAAUUCGAGGGAGAUUACCCCUGCACUUCGUGCAUACCCAUCAUUCGCAUAAUAUCAAUCCUUCAGGAGCUGACGCAUGUGCAGUUAACCGCGGGCUUGUACUUGCAGUCCUUCGUCUUCCUCGGAGCUCUAUCUCUCGCUUUUCUCACUACCCUAUCUCAAGAUAACGCAGGGAAGAAAAUGGCUUUCAUCUUUUUCCAGAUUCCGGCGGAAUACCUCCCUUUUGCCAGCUUAAUUGCUACCCUUGUCCUCUCUGGACAGCACGCCGCAAUCACCCAAGCCUGUGGUAUACUGGCAGCCCAUCUUUACGAGUUCCUAACCCGUAUUUAUCCCGACUUUGGGGGAGGCACCAACUACAUCCAGACACCCCGCUUCAUCCAAAACCUAUUUGGAUCUAGUGGUAACUACGUCAAAGCACAUGGUGGCUACCGCAAGCAUCGCCCAGCCGAUGGCAAUAGCUCCGACUCAAGGAGCACCGGUCAAUCCACCGGAAGCUGGUUCUCGGGCAUGGGAGGAGGGUCAUGGAAAGGCAGAGGAGCCGGCAGAAAAUUAGGCACUGGUUGA